GGCGUCCACUCCACGAUGGAAGCUCACAAAACACAAACUUGAACAAUCAAAACCCAACACAAACAACAACCAAUCUUUACAAUGAGUGAAACUACUACUACCACAACCACUACUACCACAACCACAAUGAACACAAUGGAAAAGGAAGUCCCAUCUACCCCAGCCGACGAGACAAUGCUGAGAUCGGGUGUGACAGGAGCUGUCCUUGGUUUCCUCUUUGGAGGCCCCCUGCUUUCUGCCAUUCUUGGAUUCGGUGCGGCCUAUGCUUCCCAAAAGAAUGACAAAGCAGGUGAAUAUGCUCGUUCCCUAGGAGACUUUGGUGUUUCAGUCAAGGACAAGGCGUUGGAAAUUGACGAGAAGCACAGCGUCAGCGAGAGAUCGACCAAGGCGGCGACGGAUGCCUGGAACAAGGCGAAGGAAUAUGAUGCCAAUCACAAUCUUUUGGACAAGGCAAAAGACGCAGUGGUGAGCGGAUGGCUAUUUGUCGUCAACUAUGUUCGCGAAAACCGCGUCCUGGAACGAGGUGUGGAAGUGACUGGGCAAGGAUACGAAUAUGUGGCAGACAAAAUUUGUGCAAGCGAAAGCAGUGUCAUCUCCAAGAAGGAAGAUUAGCUUUUGCAAGCAAAGGAUAGCAUUUUAAUUUUGUAAUAGACGCCCCAUUCUAGAGUGGC